AUGGCACCAAAGGAAAGCGAGAAGAAGGUUAUUCAGGAGAAGGUCGCCAAGGUUCGUGAGGUCGUCGACAAUGUAACAAACAACGACAUUAUCAUGGUCCUUCACUCGUUUGACCUUGAUGUCAACAAGACUAUUCAAGCUUUCCUGGAAGGUACGUCUUAUCGAUGUUUUCUUGUUUCUGACAGCUUUGCAUCACGUAUCGCAUAACUUUUUAUUCACGUUUUUUUUGCAGAUGGAGGUGCCAGCAUACUCGGUGGGUGGACGACGUCGAGUGGGGAGAGCGUAACCGCAGCCAAAAAGAAGAACAAGAACAAGAGCAAGAAAGCCAUUGAGUCAGCUCCCGACGCCACGCCACCUGCCACAGCUCCGGCCAAGGCUACCCCAGCCCCAGUCGCCAAGCCAGCUGCUCCGGCCGUCUCCUCUUCGGUAACUAAACCUGUCGCUGCAUCCAAGCAAACUGGUAAGCGCAUGCAUUUCACCAAUCUUUCACCUGUUUUCUCUUUUCCAGUCAACGGCACCCCAGCGCCCACUGACGCUCUGUCUGUGGCCUUCAAAACCAUCCGUCUGGCUUUGAACGAGCGCGAAAAGGAGUUGAAGUCGUCGAGUGCUUCGCAGUUCGACACCGUCGCCAUUCUGAAGGCCAUCGCUGCGCUCGGAGGCGCCCAGAAGGCAGUUGCUAACGGAAAGCCGGCGGCCUCCGUCAAGCAGACUGCCUCGCCACCACCAGCGGCCGGACCGAUCAAGCACGCGACGAGCCAGUCGAGCAUCACUUCGUCCGUCGGAGCCGAUUCUGGGGUCAAUCUGAGCCCGACCCACAAGGGUAAGUGUUCGAACACUCCGAAUAGAAGGCAAUAUGCCAAAUUAGUUGCCGUUCCAGAAGAGAAGAAGGCCGCUCCAGCCGCUCCGAAGACAGUCAUCAACACCGGAGGAGUUCAGCUGACAUCAUCCGGACUCAGCGCCGAUCAGUUGGCUGCUCUCCAGCAGACCCUUCAGCUUUCGCUGGCUGCUCGCGGGCUCGACGCCUCGCUCAUCAGCUCUUCGGAAAACGUUGCGCGCAGACCGAGGAACAACAACAACAAGGGAUACGGCGAAGGCAAGAAAGGCGGCAAGGGAGGAGCGCAGAAGGAGCAGCCAAAGCUCUCCAUCCUGUAG